AUUGAUUUUUCCCCCACGAAGAAGAAGAACCCACACUUUGAAAUGUUGUGUAAUGUGUUGGAGCGGCGAAACUUCCUCUGAAAUGAGGUUUCCAAAGCUCUCUAACAAUCAAGAAAUCCAUCAGCUGGACGUGUUUUUAGGUCGGUAAAGUUUUUACGUUGAAUUUUAAACUGAGCUCGGCCUGUUUGUUCAUGACUGUGGCUAGCUGCCUUUAGCUAACAGUGAUGUUCUCGUCGUGGACGGAGCGCCAGGGACAGGUGGGAGACCUGAGACACCAGAGCAGAGAAGAGCUCCAAGAACUGCUGGUCAGACAAGAGAAGAUCCUCUCUAACAAGAGGUUUCUACAGACUCUUCCUGACAAAGGGAAAAUACAGGAGUUUGCAGAUAAAUUGCGUCUCACCAUCGAACACCACAUUGAAGAGGAGAGUAGACAGAGCUUGGUGUCUGCUGCCAGGACAGAGUUACAGUCCAAGUACCAGCAGGCUUUCACAAACCAACAGCAACGUGCUGUCGCCACCACACCAGCAGCGUCCGACCAAAACCAUCAAAAUGAGAUCACUGCAGGUCACGCAGUACAAGAGAAGGAGACGUUACCUGUCUCUUCUCAUGUGCAGAAAAACACCACUUUGGACAAGCGACAGGACCAGUUUGUCUCCAGAGCAGCUGCUGUUGAAACCAUGGAGACGGCUGCUGCUGGGGCCUCUCUGAACUCUGAUGGGACAAAAGAAGGAGACCUUGCGGAGGCCUUGGAAAGGGUCACACUGUCUGAAACUAGUUCUGGUCUUAGUAGCGAGUCCAAAGACCCAUUAAACAGCAGGGCAAGAGACACUUACUUUCUCAGAAAUCAGACACCGAAAAAGCCUCACUAUGUAACUGUUCUGGAAAAAACAGAGACGUCUUCAGCUCCCAGAAAGCAAAAAUUCAAACCAAACCAGCUGCCUCAGAGAAAUGACAUCUCUCCAUCAGGAUCCUUGUCACCUGGUCAGUCCUCUGAAGGCUCCUCGCCGCUUUCUUCACAGGCCAGGAAGGAGCGAGACAGAAAACACCUGGACGACAUCACUGCAGCCAAACUCCCUCCUCUCCACCACAAUCCAGCUCAGCUUCUGUCUCUGGAAGAAUCAGCCAUCCUGCUAAAGGAACAAACCAAGAAGCAGCAGGAGUUGCAGGCCAAGCUGGCAGCCCAGAAACUGUCUGAGGGACUGAAGAUCUCUAUGGGGAGCUACACUCCUGACGGUGGCCCCAUGGAUGCCUACAGAGAGGUUCACGACGAAGGAGCCCAGCUCUCCUCAGAGGAAGACUGAUCCUGGAAGGCCAGCCGGGGGAACCAGAGUGACCUUGGCCCUGAAGGAAAGAGGCUUUGGACCUUUGCGAUCAGGACCCAUCAAACAGGAUUUUCACUCCAAGGGCAAGAAUUCUUAAGAGAGGAAAAGAGUCUUUGCAUGGUGUGAAGGAUUAGUUGGUAUCCCAGACUCAGCUCAGGAAAUUGAAUGGCAGGUUGAGAAACUAGCUUACUUAAUUGUCAUGCAGUUUGAAUUGGGUUCAGUUGUUUCAGUGUCCUGCAGGAAUAAUGAUAUCUUCUGUUAACUGGGAGCCUCGAAUGCUAAAUUUGAAGCAUGCAUCAUACAGGAAUGUUUCUCGUCAGUACACUGAAACUGAUGGCUUUCUGAACCUGAGAGUGUCGUACGUUGAGGUUUUCUAUUUUAGCGUGUUCAUAAUUGUAUGCACUUAAAGCUCAUCAGGCUGUUUCACCUCAGUGGUGACUGGAAAACAGACACAAAUCUGCAAAUAAUUUAAAAUGUUACAGAAUGUCUAACAGAACUGAAUAAAUACAACUGAUUCCCCAAAUGA